AUGGCUCAGACGGCCGCUGCAAACCACCCCGAGUCACUGCGAGUCCUAGCACUGCCUUCGUCGCCUCCGCGGCCCCAGCUCAUCGUCGAUCCUGCGCUCCAGAUGCUCUCCCAGCCCCACUCUGCUGCCAUUGCUGAAAAAACACCCGCCUCUCCCUGGUCUGCUGCGACCACCGCCCCUGCCCCUGCCACCCCCGCGACUCCUGCCACCCCGGUCCCCCCGCCUCCAGCUUCAGCUUCAGCUCCCGGCUCCGGCGACCCCCACCACGGCCCAGUCGUGUGCCAACUGCGGAACAGAGACCACUCCGCUAUGGAGGCGGGAUACAGAGGGCCUGAUCAUAUGCGAUUGUGGCUCUAUGCCAAGUCACGGCGUCAACCCAGGCCUGUCACACUCGGACGCACGUCGACACCGAGCUACACAUUUGUCUCACAACAACCACCCGCUGUGUCACCCACUGGUCUCAACGAACCCACGGGAGCAAUCACGUCUGCAGCCACAGCCACAGGCCCAGGUUCGCAUCCCGGGGGAACAUGUCCUGGCGAUGGUCGUUGCGAUGGGACUGGUGGAGCCUCUGCCUGUGCAGGCUGUCCUGCCUUCAACAAUAACAUGGCCGCCGCCAGCUCGCACGACCAACCACAGGUCAGGUCCGCACUCCCGGUCUAUCGGAUCGCCCUUCCGGUGCGCCCGGUGCCCUUAGCUGUACCAAUUGUGGGACGAGCACUACCCCACUCUGGCGACGGGAUGAUGCCGGGAAUAACAUUUGUAACGCCUGUGCAAACAAGCGGAACAGCUGCAGCUGAAGCUCUAGUUGCUGUCGGCCGUGGCCCCGACGGAACAAUCCACGGUGUGCUCGAGAACGAUACGGUAGACUUGGACUCCCAACACAAGAAGAAGCGACAACGAAAGGCGAAACAGACCGCACCUGUACCUGACCCCAACGCUCCUCUUGGUCUCCCCCCUCCUGGGCCUCCGAGUACAUCCAGCCAGGGCGAAAACGGCGCUGGGAGCCCUGUGCCUCUGGCGAGAUAUAUUGACGAAGCAGCAUUGUCGAGCCUUCAGCGACGAGUCCAGCAGCCCAGUAUCAUCGUGAUAGUAUCCUACCCCCUCCUACGCUUCCCGGAAUGGAAGACGACCGUCGAUAUAAUAACCGAGGACGUUUCUCAAGUCCUCAUGGGGGUCUCGAGUUAUUUGGGAGCCCCUCCUCGUGAAAGGGACGAGGGCGCUUCUGCAGUCCAUGCAGUUUCACCUUCCCCGCUCCAUCACCACGGCCCCCAUGACCCUACGAACUCCCCACCGAUCCCUACACGCGCUGAACUCGAAAAGCACUAUGUGGAUCUCCGAGCUGAGCGAGCUCGUCUUGAAGACAUGCUGCGUCGAACAGACGUAAUGCUCGCUGGGGUUAAGCGUGGCAUUGAUGAGGCUGGGAUAGCAGAAAACGGUGUAGAUGAGCGGGAGCGAACCCGCGAGCGGCCAAGCGUGGCCGCAAAGACUCCGCCCAUUGAGAGCGUUAGUUUACCCCCGCGUAGUCCCGCGAACGGGCCAACUCUGUGGGCUUGA